AUCAUGGCCAAGGACUAAAGGAGUUGCCUUAACCUGAUGACCUGUCAUAAGGAGUGGGUUAUUAAUAAGCUAGCUUUUAAGUGUUUUGUGAAAAGUGUGUGAUAGCAAACCAAACCAACCUAUAAGCUCUCAGUACAUAGUACUUAAUUUGGUCCAUUACUUGUUAUUACAAAAAUAUCUAAGAAAAUGUUUUACUAUUAGGGCAUUGUUUUCUUUGUCUAUUCCUUUCUAAUACCAUCUACUUCUGCUCCUGUUUACAGUUACAAGCUUCUUUCAUAGCUAUUAAUAAUAGAAAGAGAGUGAAGAAAUCAUCAACUUGGAAAAGAAAGAAAUAAUAUGUUCUCUUUUUAGCCCUCAUGGACACUUCCAUGGAGAAGCAACUGCCAUCAGAUCCCUCUUGCAUGGCUUCCUCUACAGCUUUUCCAUGUCAAGAUUCUCUAAACGAGAGCCAAGAACAGACUUUUAAGAAUGAAGAAACAGACGUUAAUGAUUCUACUCAAGAACUCAAUCUCCUCGACUGCAUAGACACGAGUAUCAAUGUUAACCAGAGUUGUAACGGGUCGACUACACCCACGGAACACAAACUAUUCUCAUGCAACUACUGUCAAAGAUCUUUCUAUAGCUCACAAGCACUUGGUGGUCACCAAAACGCACACAAGAGAGAGAGGACGUUGGCAAAGAGAGCACAACGAAUGGCAGCAUCAGCCUCGGCUUUUGGACAUCCUUACGGUUUCUCUCCAGUUCCUUUCCAUGGACAAUACACCAACAGGUCUUUGGGGAUUCAAGCGCACUCGAUGAUUCACAAUAUAAGUUCAUAUAACGGGUUUGGUGGUGAGUAUGGUCAUAUCAACUGGUCAAGACUACCACUAGAUCAACAACCAGCAAUAGGAAAACUUUCUUCAAUGGAUCAUUUUCAUACUCAUCAGCAGCAGCAGCAGAUGAUGAUGAUGGAUCCUUCAAUGACUUCACGGUCCAAUAACAUGGGUAGAUCACCGAGCAACAUAGGAAGGAUUCUAGUAGGGUCACCGACUCUUGAGCAAUGGCGAGGAGACACAAAUCAGGAAGAGAAACAGAAGCUUGACUUAUCCCUCAAGCUCUAAGAUUAUGUUUCUCCAUUCUUGCAUUUAGUAUAUUUUACUGUAUUUUCACGUGAUUAAUAUCAAUUAGUACUUACUCUUAUGUGUAUAUGUUUCUGUCUGGAAAAAAAAUCUAAUGUACAUUUUUCACGUAUC